AUGGCCCGUUCAGUGCCCGUCGGCAAUGGCUUUGGGCCCAACGGCGCUGCUGCUGAGGCAGAGCCACCUUCCGGUGCCUUUCCGCCCAUUGGCAGCCUGGGCGCCAGCAUUGCCGCCUACCAGCCGGUGCUGGGGCAGCCGCAGCAGACGCUGCCCCAGCCACCACAACGCCACAACUCGGGCGCCAUCAUUGGGAGCACUGACUCGCUGGCGCUGCACGCCAAUGGUAACGGUCCCUCCCUGCAGACGGCUGCCGUCUCCUCAUCAAUGGGCGUCGAAGCGCAACAGCAGCCACAACAGCAGCGCUCCCAGAGCUACUACAUCAACCAGCUGCCGGUGCAGCUGCAGUCGGGCAUCGAGCCGCCGGCGCCCAUCACCACGCCCAUCACCAUCAACGCCUACAGCCUGCACGGGCCCGAGCUGGUGACGCUGGUCAUUCGCAAUGAGAACUUCUUUGACCGGGGCGCCUUUGGGACGGUCUUCCAGGCGCGGCUGAUCAACCAGGACAACCGCCGGGUGGCGGUGAAGACCGUCCUCCAGGACAAGCGGUACCGCAACCGCGAGCUGCCGCUCAUGAAGUCGCUGACGCACCCGAACAUUGUCACCCUCUUCUACUACUACUUCUCCACCCGGUCCGCCGAUCCAAGGGGUGAUAAAUGCCUGAACCUGGUGAUGGAGUUUAUGCCGUCGAACGUCUCGCACCUGAUUCCGCGCAAGCCCAAGCAGCGCGACCCCAAUUCGAUUCCCAACACGCCGCUCGCCGUGAAGGUGGUCAUGUACCAGAUCUUUCGCGCCCUCAGCUACAUUCACCUGAACGGCAUCUGCCACCGGGACAUUAAGCCGAACAAUCUGCUCUUCAACCACGCUGACGGCGUCCUCAAGGUCUGCGACUUUGGCAGUGCAAAACGACUCGUUCCUGGCGAGCGAAACGUCUCCUACAUCUGCGCCCGGUACUACCGAGCACCGGAGCUGCUCUUUGGUGCAACGAACUACACGAAUAUGAUUGAUCUCUGGUCGGCGGGCAUCGUCUUCAGCGAGCUGCUGCUCGGCUUUCCCAUCUUCUACGAGAGCUCCGGCAUCGACCAGCUGGUGAACAUCAUCAGCAAGCUGGGCACGCCCAAGACGGAGGAGAUUCAGGCGAUGAACAAGGACUACGUCAAGUUCAACCUGCCCGAGGUGCCGCGCAUUCCCCUGCGCAACCUCUUCGCCAACAACGUCGCCAGCAUCAGCGAGGUGACGCUCGACCUCAUCGGGCAGCUCUUUCAGUACGACCCGCAGAAGCGCAUUCGCCCGCUGGACGCUUGCGCCCACCCCUACUUUGAUGAGCUGCGCGACCCAAGCAAGAAGUGGGUCAACGGCCGGGAGCUGCCGCGGCUCUUCAACUUCACCGAGGAGGA